GUGGAUUUUCUACAUGACAAAUGUUACUGUAUGGUGGCGUGGAACGAAACGAAGUCAGGAAGGUAGAGAGUGUGUAUGCUCAGUGGCUAUAACAUAGGUAGUGCUUAAAGCUUCUCGUGGGAUGGGGAGGAGGUGGGAUGGGGACUUGUAAACAGUGUUAGGGUGGUCUUCCACUGUGUUCAGUUGGUGUUGGCUGUGUGAAUUACGCAUGGACCCUAGCAGUGGUAUGGAAUAUUAAUGUAAAACUUGUGUUUUGGCAAAUGUCACUGUAGUGGUUUGCUGAAUUUGUAAGGCCAGUGUGUAAAAGCAGGUUCGGUAAACUACACUUCCUGUGCCAGUAAACAUAAGUCAAUCUCUUAACUUAAAUGUAUAUAGUCUUCACAGGUACUUAACUCCUUUAGUCCAGCAAAAGAAUUUUGCAGGGUAAAAAUAGUAGGAGCUCGUUUAACUGUACUGAAGAAUAUGGAUUUAGGUGAGAGAAUAUGGCAAGGAUUUUGAUGUAUGACAGAGAAGAACAGGCCAUAUAAAGUGCGUGGUAUUUCUCUUGGAGAACUUGGACUUAGUUCUGUUUGUUACAACUUCAGAAACUACAGUUUAAUCCUGUUAAUGUGUAAGAAAUUAUAUCUUAUGGAAUUCAAGUAAUGAAGGCCUUACUGGGUAAGAUUACAUUUAUUUUCACUAUUAGGGUUAACUAAUGUAAUUGGACUUAAUCAUGUUUUGUAUUUUGUGCUUUUACUUACUUUUUUCUUCUUUCUUCCCUCUUCUCUUCCUUGUUGUUUCGCCCGUGAAAUCAUCUCGUCAGGGAUGCGCUGUUGUUGAAUUCAAGAUGGAAGAAAGCAUGAAAAAGGCCGCAGAGGUUUUGAACAAGCAUAGCCUUGGUGGAAGACCACUGAAAGUGAAAGAAGAUCCUGAUGGCGAGCAUGCGAGGAGAGCAAUGCAGAAGGUCAUGGCAGCAGCUGGUGGAAUGGGUAUUGGUCCAGGCCCAGGCGGCCCUGGAAUGAUCAAUAUCCCACCUAGUAUACUCAACAAUCCCAACAUACCCAAUGAGAUCAUUCAUGCCUUACAGGCAGGGAGACUAGGAAGCACUGUAUUUGUUGCAAAUUUGGAUUACAAGGUUGGUUGGAAGAAACUGAAAGAAGUAUUCAGCAUGGCUGGUGUUGUGGUUCGGGCAGACAUACUAGAAGAUAAAGACGGCAAAAGUCGUGGAAUUGGCACCGUCACUUUUGAGCAAGCUAUUGAGGCUGUUCAGGCUAUAUCAAUGUUUAAUGGCCAGCUGCUGUUUGACAGACCAAUGCAUGUGAAAAUGGAUGAACGAGCUUUUCCAAAAGGAGACUUCUUUCCUCCAGAGCGGCCUCAACAACUUCCUCGAAUGGGAAUGGAAGGCAUGGGCUUUGGAAUGAAUAAAAUGGGAGGAAUGGAAGGUCCUUUUGGUGGCAUGGAGAACAUUGGUCGCUUUCCAGCUGGAAUGAACAUGGGCAGAAUGAGUGAGAUGGAUCGUGCAAUGGGUGGAGGAUUUGAGAGAGAAUUUGGAAGAAAUGAAAUGGGAAUGUCUCGUAGUUUUGGAGAAACCUUGGAGAGAGGAAUAGGUGGUGGAAAUGCCAGCAUUCCUGGGAUUGAGAGGAUGGCACCUGGCAUUGAUCGUAUGGGCUCGGGAAUAGAAAGAAUACCUUCUGGGAUGGGGCACGGGAUGGAGAGAGUAGGGUCAGAAAUAGACAGGAUGGGUCUUGUUUUGGAUCGCAUGAGUUCCAAUGUGGAUCGAAUGGGUUCAGGAAUUGAUCGGAUGGCCCCUCUGGGCAUAGAUCACAUUGCUCCUAACAUCGAGAGGAUGGGCCCAGCUAUUGAGAGAAUGGGUUCUGGCAUAGAGAGAAUGGGUUCUGGAAUAGGCUUUGGUAUCGAGAGAAUGGGUGCUGCCAUUGAUCGUGUCGGUACCACUAUGGAAAGAAUGGGAUCAGGUGUAGAACGUAUGGGUUCUGGCAUGGACAGAAUGGGUAUAGGUAUGGAGCGUAUGGUCCCUGCUGGAAUGGGAACUGGAAUGGGUCAGGUCAUAGAGAGAAUGCCAGCUGGCUUGGAUCGCAUAGGUGCCACUCCUAUGGAAAGAAUAGGAAUAGAUCGUAUGGGUGCUGCUAGCAUGGAGAGAAUGGGCUUGGAGCGCAUUGGAGCCACUAAUAUGGAAAGAAUGGGCCCUGCUAUGGGCCAGGGCAUGGGAGCAGGCAUAGAUCGAAUGGGACUUGCAAUGGGAAGCAAUUUUGAAAGAACAAUGGAUAUGGAACGUGGAAACUUUGCAGGCAAUUUUGCAGGCUCCCUUGGAGGAACUGGAGGACCUGCAGCUGGGGUGGCCAGAAAAGCCUGUCAGAUAUUUGUGAGAAAUCUGCCUUUUGAUUUUACAUGGAAAAUGUUGAAAGAUAAAUUUAAUGAGUGUGGUCAUGUGCUGUAUGCUGAUAUCAAGAUGGAGAAUGGGAAGUCUAAAGGAUGUGGUGUGGUUAGAUUUGAGUCCCCAGAAGUAGCUGAGCGAGCCUGCCGUAUGAUGAAUGGGAUACAGCUUCGUGGGAGGGAGAUUGAUGUGCGAAUUGAUAGAAAUGCUUAAGUAGUUGCCUUUUUAAGACUUAUACCAGAUUUUUGUUGAAUUUGUAUUUUUCUUGUUAACCAUUUUAAUUUGACUGGAUGUAAAGGUGUUAAAAAAAAAUUCAGUUGCUUUCUGGAGUAAUUUUAAUUACUUUUUUAACAAAUGGAUUUCCAUUUUACUGUUUUUUGCAUUGAAACUGCAAUGUGCACAAUCUUUUUUUGUAGUUGUGGCAUCUUGUUGACAUUACAGAUGUAAACAGUAUGACUUUGAUAAUAAAUGCAAGUUAAAGCUUUCA